GAGCCGCUGUGGAGGGGCGGGACCGCGUUCAGAGUCUGCGAGGAGAAAAGACAGCCAGACGGAGAGAAGCAGCGGCGAGAGGAGAGAAAAAAGAGACAGUCGGUCGGGAGGAUGUGUGUGCGGUGAUCGGUGCAGUCAGAGCCGGAUACUGCUUUUACAGCCGCCCCGGAGCCUGCCUCUCUCCUCUCCUCCCCCCUUCCGAGCGACCCUCCGCGAUGUCCGGCGGGGGAGAGGUGCGCGUCCUCCGCCAAGAGGCCGGGCAAGAGAGUCCGAGGAUGCCGGCCUGGAAGCGAGAAAUCCUGGAGAGGAGGAAGGCGAAGGGCGGCGGGUCUGGGGGAGCCGGUGCCGCGGAGGCUAGCCCCGGCGGCCCGCAGAGGGUAAACGGCGAGGCAGCGGGGAAUGUGAACGGCAGCGGCGGUGGUGGAGGCGGUGGCGGUGCUGCUGGUGGACCCAAAAGAGACAGCGGGGCGGCCGGUGGUGGGUCUGGGCGGAACUACACCAUCACCCCGGCCAGCCAACACUUCGCCAACAACAAAGAGCCGCGAGCGGAGAGGACGACAUCGAGGGAGGAGGACCGACACGAGAGCCUGGUACUGCAGGAGAGCCUGGGGCCGCUGGAGGAGAACCCGUUCAUCAAGCUGGAGAAGGAGCGGAGGAGGCAGCAGGACCGAGAGAACGCAGCCCGGCCGGUGCAGCACAUCCUGGAGCUGUAUGGCAGCGUCCCGGGCAUACGGACUAUCCGAGCCGAGAACAUCAUCAUCAUAGAGUCGGACCCGGAUUACUUCACGGAGGCAGCAGGCGGUAAAAGCGGCUCCAAGUGGCAGCAGAACGGUGUGAGUAGUUACAGCUCUUUGAACGACCUUCUGGACCGCAGAGGGAGUGCUGUUACCGAGAUAAGAGCCAAGGAGGUGGUCAUUUAUGACACCACGUUAAGCAAGAGUGAGGAGAACCUGAGCACCCUGGGCCGCCCGGACCAUGAGGCCCCCUAUGACAGCGGUGAGGGUCAGGGCAGGGUCAGCCGCAUCCUGCAGAAGUUUGACAGCAACUACGGGAAGCUGCAGAAGAAAUCCCACAGCACAGAGAACCUGCUGGAGCUGGACUGCAGUGCCAGCAGCAGGCCGAGACUCUGGCCCAAGCCACAGCCAGAACUGGUGCCAAAGCCCAGGCCGGGCCCGUCGGUCAGCAGCCCGGGCAGCAGCCAGCCCUCCUCGCCGGUCUUCCAGAGCCCCUGGUCUUCCAAACCAAAGCCACAGCCUGCUACAUCCGAGCCGGGCAGCCCCCAGCGUCCUGCCGGGUCCCCACAGUCUGUGUCUUCCUUCCGCCAGCGGCUCCAGGAGACUGGGGUCCACCACGGUGCCGCCCCUAGAGACGAACCAGACCGGGGUCCAAGCAAACCCACUAGGGAGAGAGACUGGGAAGUCGCCGAGGUGACCCCCAAAACCAAGGUGCCAUGCUCUCCGGAGACCCGUCGUGCCCGUGCCGAGUCCCCCUCGAGUCCCAUCUUGUCCAAGGCGACCCGUUCCUCAACCGAGUUCGAGAUCCGUCCGUCCCCGAAGCCGGACCUGGACCGUAUCCCAGACGGGGAUGCCCAGGCCCGGGCCCUGGCGAACCUGCGCCUGCAGUCCAAGAACUCCUUCACGGUGAUCCCCAAACGCCGCCUCGCCACCAACUCAUCUGCAGCCAGCAGCCCGGUACCACCAGGCCCGAUUAAGUCUUCCCCCUCCCACAGGGCGGUGGAGGUGUCCACACCAGGAGUGCCAACCUCCCACACCCCCAUCCUCACCCCUCAGAAGAGAAAAGAGGAGAAGGAGGUGGAGAGGGUUGUGAGGCCAUCCAAGCCUGAACCAUCACCUACUGUUGCCACAAGUCCAACUCUGAAACCUGAACCUUCAUCUCCAUCCAGAGCUCCCAUCUCUCCACCUGCCCUGACCUCACCCCCAUCUUCUCCAGCUCUCCCAUCCUCACCCCCUACUUCUCCUGUCUCAUCACGCUCUGUUGCCCCAUCUUCUGCCCCUUCGACCCCUUCCCCAGCUCCGGAUCAACCUCCCGCUGACCAGCUCCCGGUGACCAACAUAGACGACAUCGAGGUGGAGCCCCCUCAGAAAGUCCCCGUCCCCAGCCCCAUGGUGCAGCGGAGGAAGGGGAACACCUUCACUGUGGUGCCUAAGCGUAAGGUGGAGCCCGACGCCCAGCCGAGCUCUCCAGAACCCCAGCAGGAAGCUCCGAGCGAGGCCACGCCGGGCUCCACGCCUCCCCAGGCCCCCUAUGCCCAGCUGGGCACCCUGCUGAAGAAACGCUACCCUGCUGUGGAGGAGAUCGAGGUGAUCGGAGGGUACCUCUCCCUGGAGAAGUCCUGCCUCACCAAGACGGGUUCCACGGGGAAGAAGCUCAAGAUCUCCUUCAACGAGUCGAGUCUCCAGAGUACGUACGAGUAUCCGUCGGAGAGCAGCGUCUGGGACAGCGGCGAGGAGGAGGACGACGACAAGCAGGACGGGAAGCUGGCGGACGAACAGCCGAGCAUGGUGGGAAGAAUCCACAUCCCCAGACCGAGCUUCACCGGAUCACCGACCCACAGCAACAACGGCAACGAUCUUUCCAGCUACAUUCCCAAACACUCGGUGGACUUCAGCGCCUGGCAGGAACACAAACAUGACGACGGCGUUUACCAGGACGACACCAGCAGCUCCCAGCAGACGACGAUGACGGAGGAAGUCAUGCUCACGCCGGCUGACAGCUCCUCUCUGUCCGACUACAGCAGCGAACCGGCGCUUUACUUCUGAUCUGUCAGACCAAUCAGCUGUACAGUAGCAUCUCACCUGUGGGACCAGACCUGCAGCUCCAGGAGGAUCCAGACGGACCUCAGCUGCCUCCGACCUCCACACUCCAGCCGACCUAAAGCACACCUUCCUGAUCCCAGACAGGAUCCUGUUAGUCUGUUUGUUCUGGCUGAUUUCCUGCCACGGUACCACGACGACACGCCACGUUUCUCAGCCUGCAUAUCAAGAGCAGAAGAGCUUCUGUUUUUUGGUUUGUGUUUUUUUUUUUCUUUUCUCACCAGGUGGCUGCUGUUCGAUUCCUCAAGCUGAAGGAAAAAAAGCAGCUGGACUGUCUUUCCGAUUCCUCGACAGUUGAUCUGCUCGAAGGCGUCUUUCCUGCUUCCUCGCCGGAUUCGUUUCAGGGUUUUCAGGAAGCCGCCAGAGUGGAGUUCAGUGUUAGUCAGAAAAUAGAUCGAUUAAGGCAGAUUUAAACACAAAAACAAACAAAAAAAAUGGUGAAAGGGUGCCACAAUUGUAGAUUUAUUUCCCUUUUUUGUUGUUUUUGUACCUGCAUGUUUUGAUUUCGGCCUCCGUUGGUUUUCUCUUUACUGUAAAGCUUCUGUAUGCCUUUAUUUUUGUUUUUUUUAGUUUCAUUUUUUCUGGCAAACUAUGCUGUAUCGAAGCUGCUGGACGUUUUUUUGGUAGAAGUGUUUAAACGGCAAGCAAACUUCAACACAUAUGCACCCCGGCGGGAGGAUUUCUGUCAAUCAGUAGCAACUCUUUGAUAAAUGCUUGAAAAAGUGACCUUGGCCAAUAACGUCUGUACGUCGCUGGUGGAGAAUCAUCACACUGUAGAAUGUUUCCGUAUUAUCGACCUUUCUCUGGCUUCUCGUGUAUUUAUUCCUGCUUACAAGUUGAAGUUUGCAUGUCUCAAACCUGCUCAUGUACAAAAAGAAACGUAAUAUUUCUAGACAUUUUGCUUUUUUUACGGACCUCAUGUACUUUAACAUUCCACGGAGAAGGAACUCGGUCCACUGAAGGCAAAAGUGAUCAUGUGUUUGUGAGAACGAAUGCAAGACUGCGUGUGUUUGGGAGAAUAUGUAAUUCUUUUUUAUUAUUAUUAAGAUUGUUUUAUAUGCACCACAUUUCCAGAUUAUUUUUUUUUUUUACUCAUAAUGCCAACUGAUUAAAGUGUUGCUGUAAAAGCCUCACACACAUUCGUUAUUUACAACCAGGAUCGAUGUUUUCGGCCAGUAUUGUUGUACAGUUUCUCAUGUUUUCAUACGAUUUGUCUCCCGUCGUUUCUUUUUUUUUCCCGAUCAGACGGGAUUCCGUUCAGUCCUCCGGGUUGGAUUUUUUGCUGUUAGAUCUUCGUCUUUGUCCGAUGGGUUUAGGAGUUAUUUGUCUCGUCAGUCAGGAGUCUUGGAUGUUAAAUGUCUUUUGCACUGUCAUGCUUUUUAGCUUUGUUUUGCACCUCAUGAGGAAACAGGCGACAGAGGAAAUGUGCACUUAAAAGAACAGGAAGCCUAAGUUGAAGAGUUUCGUCUCAUAUUGUUAAAAAACCACUAAGCUUGUAGACGAGGAGCAGUUUUGACCACUUGGUUUUCAAAUCGAUUUUCUAGAGUCACACUUUGGAACUGAACUCUUCAGCUGUUUAUGAUGAAUGCACUGCCGAUGAAUGCCAUGUCCACUUUUGUUUUGUACUAUUUUUGCCACAGCCUUGCAUCAAAAGUCUUAUGAUUGUCGGCCUUGUCACUGUGACCAAAAUACAGCAGCCCAAGUGCAGUUUGUCCACACAGGUCGAGGCUUUAACCACUAAAAUCCUCCAUUUUUAACUUGGAUAUCGUCCCUCUGACCUCAUGUGUCACUUUUUGAUGUAUAGCAGAUUUAAAGAAGUAAAAAUUUAGCGCGUUUUAGCUCAUUUACUAUGUAUACUUCACAUUAUUGCUAAGUCUGCAUAGGAAAUGCUUCUAUUUUAGAAGUCUGAAUGUAUUUUUAAACCACUGAAGACGCCCAGAAUUUCACAUCUAAAAGAAUAUAUUAAGAUUCUACUCAAACACUCUUAAUUUGUCACUUAAAACUUACUUGACUUGUAUCUGAAGUUUGAACUUUUUUGCAAAUAUUUCCUCUCAAUAACAAAAAGUAAAACUUCUCAAGUUCAGUAAAAUAAAAAAGUGUGAAUUUACAUCAUAAUUAGUGAAAUAAGGGAACAAAAAAUAACAGUUGGGCAGUUCUAAACUUAAUUCCUCCAUUUUUCAUAUCUUUGGUUGUUUUCUCAAUGUAAUAUUCUUUUAUUUUGCUAAAUUUAGCUUGUAAUCAAACAAGAUUAGUGCUGAAGUGCUAUGAAGGCAACUCUUCAUUUCCUGUAAAUAUUCAAAGUUAAAUACAAUAUAAAGAAAAUGUCAGUACAGGAUGAAGAUUUUAAUUAACAAAUAAGAGGAGAAUCAACACUUAAAAUGAUAGAUAUGUGUAGUGGCCUUUUCUCACAUUUUGUACUAAAGGUUAAACUACACAACUUCAGUCUGAAAUUAGUCUAACAAGUCACAAAGUGGAGGAGUUUAAGAAUGGAUUUCUCCAUUUUUGUGCUGCUUUUUAAUCUAAUGUCCUAAUCAAGCAAGAUUACGAAUCUCAUCAAGCACCAUGCAGCCGAUUCUGAUACAUAUUAAAUGUUCAGCACUGAGACUUUUAAACUUAAUCUACAUUUUCUUAAUGUAAAGGAACUAUAACUCUGCUGCUUUCUGAAAACCAGAAGCCGCUUGAAACAGAAAAUAUGCACCUGAAAAACAGCAAAAAUGUGAAGUAUGUAUUUUUGGUUUUGGAGCUAAAACUUUUAAACAUUUUCUCGAUCUUCUUUCAAACAAAUCCCUGCUCAGACCUGCUGUGUAGUCGUGGUUACCGGUCACAUGACUUGCCUCCAUCUGUGGUCAACGCCGCCUUCGUUUAACCAAAACGUCCCCUAAAGUACGCCGCCGCCGUUGUCGGCUCUUUACGGGAAUCUUAUUCGCUCUUUUUUGUCUUUCUGAGAACUGAAGGACCAAAGAGGCAGAAGGAACUGUGGGAAACUUCACUAAUCGUCUUAUUAAAUGACCACCAGCAUUUCUGAAGGCCAUUAACGGGGACUAAGAGACGCUUUACAUGCUCCUGGAGCGUCUCUGACAGCCAGUGUUUUUCCCAUCUGUCCACUCCUGUUUGCAAAGUGAGCAGUUUGUGUUUUGGGCUCUGUGGUAGAAGCUCCUUCAUCCUUUACUUUCUCCCUCCUCUGUAAAUCUACAUCGCAGCAGAUGUGCUUACUGUAAAGUUAUUGUCAAUGAUUUUUGGGCAAGUAAAACAAAACAAAGUAAAAAGUGAUGUCAUACUUGUACAAAUGAAAGCUCAAUAAAUAGAAGACUUGAACAAAUCUAA